GUAAACCCAAACGGAGUUGGCAGCAAAGGUCCCGCUUCUCUCCUCUCCGCUCCGCCGCCUCCGCUCCAGCGCAGCGCAGCCAUUUCGUUCCAGUUCGCGCCGAUCCGCCCAUUCCGCCGCGGCUCCCCUUAACGCCGCGCGCCCGCGGCCAUGGAGCGCGCCGGCGGUGAGGCGGGCGCCCCAACGCCGCCGGCGCAGGCGGCAGCGGGAGCAGGAGGGCCGGCGAAGGGGAGGUCGUGCAAGGGCUGCCUCUUCUACUCGUCGGUGCUCCGGUCGGGAGCGCGCGGGCCCGUCUGCGUCGGCAUCACCCGCGCCCUUCCCCAAGUUUCUGAGCGUAUGAUUGGUAAACCGGAACGUACCCAAGGAGAUCGCAACAUUUCAGAUUUCAAAUAUACAUGUGUUGGCUAUUCAAUAUACCUAGAUGACAAGGAAACUUCUGUCGGGGUACAUGAAAAGAAGGCAGAUGUACAGCUACGUGAGCUACCUGUUUGUGUUGGAUUUGAGGUAUUGGUAGGGAGAGGAGACCCAGUUAAUAAAUCCCCAUCUUACAACAAGAAAGAAGCUCCUCAACCGCAUCGAUACAAGCCAGGGCAUGCAGGAGACGACUUCUUCACUAAGUUUCAGAGGAAUGCUGGGCUUGUUGCCAAUGGUGUGGCAAAGAACCUGAAUAAAGUUGGGACCUACAUCAAAGACACAAUGGGUGAUAUGAUGUACCCAGACCGGAAGCGUCCCAAAUAGAACAUAGGCCUGUUCUCUAUAGAUCUUGCAGGGGAUUUAGACACUAGAACCAGGGGGAGCAUGAGAUCAAUCACUCCUCCAGACACCUGGAAUACAAGUAGCCUUCUGUAGUUUUGUUGGUUUCAGAAGCUCUAGAAAAAUGGUGACGAGAUUUGACUCAUUUUAGUGUUAUAAAAAAACAACCACUUGGACACUGAUUGUAGGGGCAUAAUAUUGUGUUCUCCACUUGGCUCCACUGCUCGCCCAAUUGAUUGUUGUUUCGCUGGGUGGCUGGGUUCCUCCAGUAGUGUACAGGAUGUCAUGUAAUAAGACAAACAAAACCCGUUUUGUGUCUUCUGAUAAUAACAUGAGAGCGGCAUCUCAAGCCUCAAUGCU